AUGGACAACUGGGUUUAUGAUGUCUACGUUUCGGAUUGUUUGGAAAACAGAAGUAAGACUCCUGCAAUUUUAAAGAAUUGAAGUGCGAGAUCAAUAAAAGUGUUUAGAUGAGAGUUUAUGUUUACAGUCUAAAAACGGUUGUGUUGUUAUAUUCACGUGUGUAUUGUUAAGAAAUAUAUUUUACAAAAGCAAUAGAGGACUUUUUCCUAGGUUUCCACAAGUUCAUCGAAACCGGCCAGGGUGAGCGAUCGUGCAUUGAGAGAGUACUCCAAAGUUCUGCAUUUCCGGCUUAAAUAACUCCUUUAUGGUGGCUAAAACACUAAAAAAUCCGUAUCGCUGACAGACAAUGAGGUUCAAACUUUCCUAGAAGGGGAAGAAAACCAAUACACUAAAAGAAAAACCGAAAGUUGCGUAUUCAGUGGCUUUGGUGUCAGCAUUUCUCUCGGCUGAGAAUGAAAAUCGACAACUGGAAGAUUUGCCACUGGCCGAUUUUGGCCGUUUACCUGAAAGACUUCUUCUGUCGGAGAAAGUCAAUAUAUGAGAAUUUUGUAAAUUGAAAAUUACGACCAUUGUUGUUUUUGAAAUCAUGAUUCAUUGCAUUUUUCCAUGUUAAGAGUUAGCGCCAACGCACUCUACGAUUGUUAUUCGAGGAUUGUUGAUUCACUUAUUUUCAUUCAUUAAUGAAGUCGGCUUUUCUUCCUAGUAAAGAGCUAUUGUGUUUAUAUGAUAAACAAAAUAAAACAUGGUUGCUUGUAAAUAUGGAAUUUCUCUUCAACUCGAAGAGAAAUUCCAUAUCUACGCGCGCCCAUGUAUUAUUCUCUAUUUAUUGUGCUCCCAACCCCCCACCCCAUGUAUUAUUCUCUAUUUAUCAUGCUCCCCCACCCCCAUUCUAGAGAAAGUAAGGCAAUAUAAUCAUAAUUCCUCACUUGAAUUGCCUCAUUAUAUAUAUAUUUCCAUACGUUUAAAAUACAGCCUUCAAAAGUUUGGAUUCGUUUAUGUAAAUUAUGUAAAUAAACACAAAAACUCCGGAACAAACAAAACAAAGACUGUAGGAGCCAAAAACACCUCCAGGCACUACGCUUUGAAUAUCGCGUACUGUCUUUGGAUUUUAUAUGAUCUGGGAUCUGCAAUAUGGUUAGGCGAUACGCUCCAGUCUCCGAAUCGAGUUCUGGCUGAACGUAGACGAGUAGACUCAUAUAAGAGUUGCAAUUGACUAACGAUAGAAACGGUAGAAACAUCUAAACGACUAGAAUGAAAAGCAAUGCAUUUUGUCGCUUUUAGAAAACUCAAUAGCGAUACAGGUGCAACGCUUAGCGAGCUUCCAUUCAGUUUACUUUCUCUCUGAGUGAAAAAAAAAAAUAAUCGAGGAUGAUGACUGAGAUACCCUAACCAGCAACUGCACAGAUCACUAAGAGGGAAAUUAGAUAGAAUGGGGAACACUCUAUAGGGUCUCAAAAAUAAACACAUAACUGCAGCUGCUUGCCAUCAGAGGUAUAAGAACCACCACUUUGAAUGUAGUCGAUAACCAAAUUAUAAAUAUUGGUGGGUUUUAUUGCUACAGGGAAAGGCAGAAUGUCGACUUUUCAAAUGGCAAGUAUCAAAAAUCGGAAUCAUCAUGAGGAGAGAAGACUACCUUUAUCAACCGGAGUUGGAGUUAAAUUAAAUACAAAUGCAGCGGUAGAUCAAAAGAAAUAAACGUCGCCGUGUUAUUUUAUUUUCUAAAGUUUUGUCGGCUGGAUCAUUUUUCCCGUUUAAUAUUAUAUAUUCUUAGGUACUAAGCAACAGCUUUUAAAAAAUUAAACUCUAUGAUCAAGGAUAUAGCUCAUCUCUGAUAGUAUUUUGCAGUUUGACCACGAUAGAGUAACGGACUUGGUCCAAAUUAACGCAAAUCAGGUGUAUGCUUCCAUACAAAAUUCGGCUUAGCUGCAGUCAAAUUAACAUACCCUAAUUACUUCCUUUAUGAUCCCGCCUGUGAGACAGUGAACGUGAGGCUGUCAAUAAAUGUCUUAUUCAUGAGAAUAUUUUUAACUUAAGAUAUGAGAUUAAUUUAAUUUAAUUAAUUUAAUAAUUAAGAAAUUAUUUCAUUAACAUGAUAAAGUUGGUGAUUAAGUGUUGACUGUAAGAAAACCUUUACGGGCCUGUUGACUAAUUAUUUUAGCUUUAUACCUUAUCCCUACAAACUGGGUCUCAUUCGCACUCUUGUUGAUAGAGCCUACAAGAUCAACAACACAUGGUUGGGUUUCCACGAAGACAUCUAGAAACUCACUGAAAUCCCUAAAAAAGAAUUUUUUUCCAGCCAAUCUGGUUCAAGGGUUGUCAAUCGACACCUCACGCUCACCGUGAUGAGUGCGAUUCCUCGGUCUCCGUUUCAGACGCUACUACAAACUUUUAUUUUAAAUUACCUUACAUUGGCUCUUUUUCUUUUGUCACGCAAAAAAGGGUUCGCCAAUUUGCUAAGUGUUAUUGUAACAACAUCGAUGUAAAGUUAGCUUUUUCAUCUUUUAAAAUAGGCGAUAUGUUUGGGGUGAAAGACCCUAUCCCUCGUGGGCUCCGUACGUGUGUGGUUUACAAGUUUUUAUGUGAGGGCUCUAACGCCUGAUAUGUCGGCGAAACCCCUCGACAUUUAUCCACACGCGUACAAGAGCACUUGAUAGGACCUCUCACAUUUCAGACAUUUACAUGAUUCUCCACAAUGUCGCACUCUUUGUUCUGAUGAGUGUCUUAACACCUUAGAUCACGCUGCCACAACUUUUCAACUUAAAAUCAAAGAAAAAAUUAUCACCAAAUGAAAAAUCGACUCAAGAAGUUUUUUAAGGAAAAAAAGAAAAUAUUGUGAACCGAAAUUAAAAAAAAUUUAAAAUAUGCCUCGUAUUUCAAUUUUGAAAUGUUUUCUAAGCCAGUUAAAUUUCCUUCUUUAGUGAUAUAACUUCUCCUAUAAACACCAAAAGCUUUCAAAACUGCAUUCAAGGUUUCUAGAAACUAUUCAUCUUCAUUUAUUUGAUAUUCAGAUAUUGAUUCUCCAGAAGAAGCUGUUUUGCCGGCGAUUUGGGUUCACAUAGAUACGGAACUUUCUUUGAAUUAACGACGUACAGGUGUAGUGUAGCUUACUUGUUGUUCCUGUUCAGUUGCAGUCAAAACGUCUUACGACAUCUACAGAUAUCAUAUGUCACACAUUUGGAAAGCUAAUUUCGAGUCUUGAUAGUGGUGUGUUUAUUCUCUAUCUCUAUUCCUUGGCUUGUUGUUUUCUUAUUCAUUCUGAAAAGCGCCUUUGGUCAAAUUUUUAGAGGAUCGAGGUACUUCGUUAUUAGUGAGGUAUGUUAAUAAAAUUUAAUUCGUUUACAAACUUUUGUUUUCGGAAGAGGAGGUAAAGCGAGUUAAAAUGGGUGGAGGGAAGUUAUGGAAAAUCCUCUGUAAGCCUGUGGAAAAUUUUAGAAUUUUGGUUUUGUUUCCUUCUUUUAAUGCUUAUGAAACGGUUGAGGAUUUUCAGACCUUGCGAAAAGCUUGUUCCUUUGUUACACGUUCAUGACGAGACGAUGAAAAGAUCUUCCUGUUUCAUUACCGAGUAUAACAUUUAUCAUGUUGAAGAGAGGACUUGAUCCCCUCUAAAAAGUUAUCGUAAAACAAAUUUGAAAAGUUUUUAGAAUGUUAGAUUGUUUCUUUUGAUGCCUAUAAAUGAUGAUGCUUACCUCCCUUACUUCUGCUUCAAUGACAUAAUUUUUCCCGUAAAAACCAAAAGCUUUCAAACCAUCAUUCAAGGAUUUUGGAAACUAUUUAUUUCCACUCGUUUGAUGUGCUUAUGUUGAUUCUCUAUAUUUAGCUGUUUUGUAGGUGGAUUUACGACGAUACAGGACUUUAAACACACUAAAAAUCGCGAAGUUCAGGCGGAUACUUUUAUCUGUAAUGCCUGUUUAGCUGCUCUAAAAACGUCGUUUUCCUUUCAGCUAUUAUCUGUCAAUCAUUCGGAAAAACUAAAUUGGAGUUCUAAUAGUGAUAAGUUUAGUCUGCAUUGCACUCUUCCUCAGCAUGCUGCUUUCUUUUCUUUGUGAAAACCGCCCUUUCUGCAUUUGACUUUAACUCAAUUCGUUAAAGGAUAGAAACACUUUCGUUAUCAGUGAGGCACGUUCAAAAUAUUCUUAAGAUUGGUUUGCAAAUUCUACCUUCGGUGAGAUGAGGAAAACUGAAUCAAUAUGGACGGAAAUGUGUUAUUGAUAAUCUUAAUAAUCGUAACGCGUCGAAAAAGAUAUCUUUCUCCAGCUUGUUGCUUAUGAUAUUGACAAAGGAAGAAAUUUAUCCGAAGCGAGAAAAGACUAUUACUAAACUUCUGGGUGUAGAAAAUAAAACAUAAGAGAUGCUUUUGCUUUUAAGAAUGUUCGUUAUGUUUCACCUUACCUACAAUUAAUUUGUCUUUGAAGUUUUCGAGGCGGUAACAACAACAACCGUAUUUCGAAUAGCGGCACCGAGAAGAGGAGUAGGUCUUUCUAUACUCAGCCUUUCUUUUAUAUUUCCGGAAGAUCUCUAAAUUGUUUGUUGCCAUCUGUCUUUGGAGGCUAUAAAUUUCAUUCAAGCAACUGAGAUCACUGGUGGCAAAGCUUUCCGCUUAUUCAGUGAACAUCCAAAAAGUUCAUAUUAUUAUAUUUGUCUUUUUCGAAAGAAAAAAAAAAUGAAUAGGCUGAAUGAUUAAAUUUCCGGGUAUGCAUAUCAAACUCUUUCCCCAGUGCGACGAACAUUUGUUUUUCUCGGUUCCAGGUGUACGCAACCACUAACCCCACGUAAUGCGCAUGCUCUCCGUUACGAAUUUUCAAAAUGGCGGACAGGUCAAAGAGGGAAAUUAAAAAAACAAAGCGAUUUUGCAAUGAAUUCUCAACAUAUACCCUCGUUAGAAAGGCGAAUCCACGGAAGAAAGAUACAAAACUGUAUGAUAUUGAGAUCAAUAUGAUAUUAAAUCGAUACCGAGGGCCCGUUUAAUUGCCUUCCGCCACGAUUAUUAGCUUUCUUGACAGCUUUCUGAAGACAGAAUACUUUCUUUAUGAAGACUUCUGAUAUGCGGUUAUUGAUUAUUACACCUCGUAUACCUGAUUGCUCAAACACUUUGUCUACGAUUGUUGAAAGGACCGACUCAUGGUUCUCCGUCUUCGUCUUGACAUUUCUUUGAAAUAGUAAAUAGUAUAGACUAGUAAGCUGAAACGAAAAAUUAAUCAGGGAAGUUUACAAAAAUCCAGCAAACAAGCUUUAAAAAGGCAUUUAUUUAGACUUCAUACUUCAACGAACUUCACAAAUCUUACUUGUUUAUCUUGUAAGUAAACGAUGGCAGAUUAAUUCCCGAAGCGCUUUCUGAGUUUCCCGAUCCCUCUCCUACUGCUUUCACGCUUACAAAACAGGAAAAAUCAAAAGGAGGAAGAUACAGCUGUUUUGAAACGCCAUUUGACGAAGGUAAAUCUGCUUUUUGUUCAACACUUUACAUAUCAAAACAAAGGAAAUUUGUUCCUCUUUUUGGUUCUGGCGGUACAUUUUUAAUUUGCGCCUGCGUAAAAGAGAUAUCGCCCGAGACCCUUCGCUCGGUCGUGUUUUGAUCAAAAACGCCUUGUUAAUUUCACGCAACCGCUCGGAGAAAAGGUAAAAAUGACGAGGGAAAAACUUUACCUUCAAGUUAGAAAAUUAGCGAAAUAGAAAGCCGCAAUAUUAUAGUUUAAUAUUUCAGAGGUACAUUGAGUGCUUUUUCCGUAGAGAAUCCGCACGAUGGUAAAACAUUCGAAAAUUACACUCGAUUUGAGUGGGGUGUUGAAGUGGGCGUGGUCACUACAUUCAUGUUAAGACUAUUUGUACCCCAUGAGUUUGAUAUGUUAUUAGAAAUUCUCACUACGCACAAAAAAAAGUAAACAAACGUCCCUAUUGCCUGGUCAAAAACAUGCCACAUUUUAUAGUUUGGUUUGACUAUUUCAACGUUAUCAGUAAGAGUAAAAUGCCUUAACAUCGCUGCGGAUUAGUUAUCCAGUCUGUUGUUAGCUCAAUAAUAAAUGCAUCGCUAGUAUCCAUAACAAUGAGGUGAACAAAGAACUUAGCGAUAUGGCAGCUGUUGCACUUCCGUUUGCGCGACGAAGUAAAACAUUCAAAAUUACGUUUAGUUUGUUUACAUGUAGUGUGAAAUUUUAAAGACUGCUAGUUUUCAUAAAAAAUUCAUUCGCUUUACCAAAAUAAAUCCAUCACCGUGGGUUAACUCACAAGUAGUUUAAAACGAAGCAAAUAUCUCAUCCAAAACAUAAACUGUUGGAAUAUUUACGGCGGUUUUUAGGUCACGGUUAUUUUUAAAGCAGGUUUUAUUCCACAGCUAUUCGAGUUAUCCUGCAUGAGCAAACGACCUCUUACCAAAUUGUGUUUCUUACUGACAACUAAUUUCCGCAGCAAAACGAUGAUUUUAAAGUUUGCAUUUAACAACUGUUUUUCCUCUUUUUAUGUCAAAAAAUUUCCUCGACCACUUUAUCGUUGGGUUUUAUUGCGUUUGGCAGAAAACAAGAGGGAAAAAUCAUUAAAGGAGGCAAAAAAUUUAGCCAUUGCAACUACACACAAAUUGGGAGCCUUAAGUUUCAAAAAGGCUGAUUGGUUCAAAUGAGGAAUUUCUUGCAAAGCCAUCAAUGUACGAGUCUUAUAGUUCAGUGUAUUGGAUCAGCUACUUCAGUGCAAAGAAUAUAAAUGUUUUUAAAAAGAGCAAAUUAUCUUGCCGAAUUCGAAAUUAAAAUCUCGCCGUUCAUUUCACAAGAAAGGCUUCAAGAAACGUUCCUUCCAUAGGCUUCUUUUUAUGGGCAACUGGGUUUAUGAUGUCUUCGUUUCGGAUUGAAUGGCAAACAGCAGCAAGACUCCUGCAGUUUUAAAGAAUUGAAGUGCGUGAUCAACAAAACUGUUUAAAUGAGCGUCUAUGUUUAUAGUCUAAACACGGUUUUGACGUUCCAAACACGCUUGUAUUUUUAAGAAAUAUACUUUACAAAAGCAAUGGAGAACUCUUUGCCGCGUUUCAAAGCACGCAGGAAGCGGUUAGAGCAUGAAAGAAGUGUAGGGAGAAACACGAGACGUAGUCAAGUAGUCCCUACUUCUUGAGUGCUCUAGCCGCUUCCUAAGUGCUUUACAACAGAACAGAGCACAGUCAAGGCUUCUCUAUUUGUUUUAUAAUAAAGAAUCAGUUAAAUUCCCCAAGAAUUAUUUUCAAUUUUCAAAACAAACUUUAUUUCCAAAGCGAACAACAAUAUCGUCAGCAUGUUCUAUACUCUCAUAAAGCAUGCUACAAUAAGCCAAUCAGAAUUCCUGUUAGAAUGGUUCAAAUAAUCUGAUUGGUUGUACAAGACUAAAGCUGUCAAAAAUUUCAAACCAUCAAAGUUCAAAAACCAUCGAAGUUCAUAUUCUGCAAUAUUUAACAAACUAAAAUAAUUCGGCAUGUCGAAUUUAACACUUUUGCCCGAAGUUUUUUAGUUUCUAAUACAGAAUCUGAAAGUGGAAUGUUCAGUGAAAUUAGGCCCAAUUGUGGCUCACAAAAAUACGCAAGUUAAUUCAUAUGAAAAGACGAAAACAAACUGUUCAAGGCGAGCGUUUUAUGGGUGAACGACAGCCGAAUUCACCAGGACAUGAAGAUCGCUCGGAAUGACAGCGCCGUAAAACUCGGCUGCAGUGACUGAUGUGGCCUUGCACUCAACGCAUUGGAAAGGUUAUUAGAGCAAGCUCUUAUUUUUCCACUCGAAGGGUAGUCGAUUUAGUUCAUGAGGCUUACUCCACUGCGGUGACCGAAGAUCGCCAUGAUGAGCUAACCGCGAUAGACCUUAGCAUGAUAACACCGUCAUGAAUUUUAACAGCUAUGCCAGGUUAUAUUUUUCAUCAUUCCUGUUUUUUUUCUGUUUUUUUUUCAAACACUAAACUUUAUAUACUAUACAAGUGUUAGCUGUGUUUGAUUUUUAUUACCGUACGUACACUUGCAAUCUAACUGAGCGUGAAAACCUUUAAAACUCGGACUGUCCAUUUUGUUUCAUCUUUGAGGAUUUUUGUCUCUGCUCACGUUAAAGUAACGUACUACGUUUCGUAAAUUAUUGCGCUUGGCGUUUUUGCAAACCUUUGCUCGCUUGUUCCGAAAUUUCACUUUCAAUUAACGAGAGAAAAGCUAGAAAGAAGUCCUGGAAAACGUCGGACAUAGUACAAUUUGGCAGAUGGCGUGACAGCUUUAGCUCAGUUCUAUGCUCUAUACUCUCAUUGAGCACGCUCUUUUAACCAAUGACAGCAGAUAUUAUAUCCGAACUUUAUUGUAAAAAUUCAUAGAAACCGGCCAGGUUGAAUGAUCGUGCACUGAGAGAGUACUCCAAAGUUCUGUAUUUCCGUUUUAAAUAACUCCUUUUAUCGAUCUCUAACGUCAGCAACUGCACAGAUAACUAAGAGAGAAAUUGGAUAGAAUGGGGAACACAUGAUAGGGUCUCAAAAAUAAAAAAAUAACUGCAGCUGCUUACCAUCAGAGGUAUUAGAAUCACCACUUUGAAUGUAGCCGAUAACCAAAUUAUAAAUAUUUGUUGUUUUUAUUACUACGGGGAAAGGCAGAACGUCGAGUUUUCAAAUGGCAAGUAUCAAAGAAACCGGAAUCAUCAUGAGGAGAGAAGACUACCUUUUUCCACCAGAGUUAGAGUUAAAUUAAAUACAAACACAGCGGCAGAUCUAAAGAAAUAAAUGUCAUCGUGUUAUUUUAUUUUAUUUUGUUUUCUCGGCUGGAUCAUUUUUUCCCGUUUAAUAUUAUAUAUUCUAUAUAGUACUAUAUAUUCUUAUAUAGUACUAACCAACAGCUUUUAAAAAUUCAACUCUUUGAUCUGGGAAAUAGCUCAUCUCUGGUAGCAUUUUGCAGUUUGAAUAUGAUAAAGUAAAGGACUUAGUCCAAAUUAACGCAAUUCAGGUGUUUGCUUCCAUCCAUAAUUUCGGUUCGGUUCAUUCGGAAAACCACCUUUGGUCAAAUUCGACUUCACUUUUUUAGAGGAUACGAAGUACUUCGUUAUCAGUGAGGUAUGUUCGUAGGAUUUCAUUCGUUUAUAAACUCUAGUUUUGGUGAGAUGAGGUAAAGCGAGUUGAAAUGGGUGGAGAGAAAUUUGCACUCUUCCUCAGCAGGCUACUUUCUUUUCUAUUUGAAAACCGCCCUUUCCGCAUUUGACUCAAACUUAAUCGCCGGCCUUUUGUUUACACGUAGAUACGGAACUUUCUUUGAAUUAACGACAUACAGGUGUAGAACAGCUUGCCUAUUGUUCCUGUUCAGCUUCAGAACGCCAUCCGACAUCUAGAUAUCAUAUGUCAGACAUUUGCAAAACUAAUUUCGAGUCUUGAUAGUGGUGUGUUAAUUCGCUAUCAUUAAGAAAACCCCCAACUUGACUUAUAUUUUUUAGAGGAUACGAAGUACUUCCUUAUCAGUGAGGUAUGUUCGUAAGAUUUCAUUCGUUUACAAACUCUAGUUUUGGUGAGAUGUGGUAAAGUGAGUUAAAAUGGGUGGAGAGAAGUUUGCACUCUUCCUCAGCAUGCUACUUUCCUUUCAAUUUGAAAACUGCCCUUCCGCAUUUGACUCAAACUUAAUUCGUUGAAAGGAUAGAAACACUUUCGUAAUCGGUGAGGUAAGUUCAAAAUAUUCUUAAGAUUCGCUUGAAAAUUCUGCCUUCGAUGGGAUGAGGAAGACUGAAUUAAUAAGGAUUAUAACAUAGCUAGUAACUUUGUCUAAUCAAAUUCAAUGGCGCGAUCGUGCUUCAUAUUCCUAUUGCGCACGCUCAUGACGUCAGCAAACAAAUCCCUCGAGAAAAAAUAUUUUCCAUCUGGUUGAAAAUGUUAUAAAACAAUUGGUUCAUACGUCCGCUGUGCGUUGAUCGAGAUAUGAAGCACGCGGGAAGUUUGGAGAGUACGAAAGAUGCGUAAGAGACUUCGGGGCAUAUUUCCCCAAACCAAAGGAUCCUGUCACGAAAGGACAACAAACCGACGCUACUAAUCGGCGUUACUUUGUUUGGAGGCUUGGCAUAUCAACUCCGCCCACGCUCCUUUAAAUCGUGACGAUGGCGGCUUGCUUCCUGACGCCUAUUUACACCUCGUCAGAAAAAAGACAGCUAAUUAGCGAUCAUAUAAAAGGGCCUCUUGUUGCAGCGUUUAGAUCACCUCUGAUGAAGGCACUAGACAGGAGUGUCGAAACGUUAGGCCCAAUCUGUAAACCAGUGAAGCAUCAAACCAUGUCUGAUUGUCCACCUGGUUACCGUGUGAACUUUUAAUGUAUUAAUGUAUUUUACUCUAACUUGUUGCCUGACAAAGGAAGAAAUUUAUCCGAAGCGAGUAAAAACUAUGACUAAACUUCUGGGUGUAGAAUAUAAAACAUAAGAUAUUUUUUUCCUUUUAAAAAUGUUAGUUAUAUCUCACCAUGCCUACAGUUAAUUUGUCUUUGAAAUUUUUAAGGCGGUAACAGCAACAACCGUAUUUCUAAUAGCGACACCGAGAAGAAGAGCAGGUCUUUCUAUACUCAGUCUUUCUACUAUAUUUCCGGAAGAUCUCCAAAUUUUUUGUUGCCAUCUGUCUUUGGAGUCUAUAAAUUUCCUUCAAGCAAUUGAGAUCACUAGUGGCAAAGCUUUCCGCUUAUUCAGUGAACAUCGAAAAAGUUCAAUAUUAUUAGAUUCGUCUUAAUCGAAAGAAAAAAUAAGGAAUAAACGGAAUGAUUAAAUUUCCGGAUAUGAAUCUCGCAUGAAACAAGAGGAUCAGUUUAAGUGGACGAAUAGAACUUAGUCGGUCAAAACACUUUGAAAAAUGUAAAAAGCAAUAUUUGACAUAUAUCUUAUUGAGGAUAUUGAUUUCAUAUUUCAUUUUAUCUCUAAGUGAAAUGUUUUCUGUUAUUUUCAUAGCAGCUAACAGAGCUCAGAGAAAAUGCAGCCUUUCUACUCAGCUUCGCAGUGUAUUCCAUGGCUUGUGGUCUUCAUUAUCGAAUGUCUGGCCAUUGUCAUCUUUAAUAUCAUCACCAUUGUUGUAUUUGUGAAGGAGAAGCGUCAGCUACAGCGGCGGAGUACAUAUUUGAUCGUCCAUCUGGCGAUAGUGGAUCUCUUAGUGGGCGUAGUGUCUGGGCCACUACGGAUUGAAUUCGUAAUUGGGAGGUUCUGUUCUCUAUGGAAAUACAGACGAAAGACUAUUUGGUCUCAUAGAUUAUCUUUUGCAUUUUCACAUUUAUUCUUGUUCACUUCCCUUACAAAUCUGAUGGCUAUUUCCAUAGAACGGCUACACGCAACAUUUUGUCCAUUCAGGCAUCGCUUUGUGAGUAAAUGGGCUUAUAGAGCCAUAAUUAUUUUCAUUUGGUUAAUAGCUAUUGUUAGAGAAACCGCUCAAAUUUUCUUAUUGGAAAUUGUUGAUCUAAUGGUAAUUGAUAUUUACUUGUAUAUCCUGUUUUAUGCAGUUUCUCUAAUUGUUAUCUGUGUAUCUUACAUUCUCAUUGUUAUCAAAGUACGAUGUAGUCGUCAUCCUCAAUUCCAUUCUAGGUCCAAAAGAGAAAGAAAACUGACGGUUACUGCGCUUAUCGUCUCACUUGUAUCUUUACUUUGUUUUCUACCAGCAAUGAUAUAUCUAGCGUGUCUUCACCUUUCCUUCACUCGUUUUAUGAAUUUUCAUAUUUAUAUGGCUGUGUUAGUUUUAUUUUUAGGCAAUUCACUUGUAAAUCCUAUAAUUUACUCUCUUCGGAUGCCAGGAUUCAGAGAAGGUUUAUUACAACUAGUUUACAGGGUCCCUAACCUUUCUCGUAUCGCCCCAACAAACCUGCCUCUUCGUAACCUUUAG